AGUCCUAUUGUCACCUGGACCAUUUGUCAUUCUUUAGGUUUCGGCAUAGUCCAAAUUGCUGGUACUUGAGGGACUGGACCAUCCACAGCUGGAUCAGACAGUGCUUAAAGUAUGGUGCACAAGACAAAGCCUUAUACACGUUAAAAAACAAGGUUCAGUAUGGAAUUUUCCCAGAUAAUUUUACAUUCAAUAUUUUAUUGGAUUGUUUUAUAAAACAGAACAAUUAUGAAGAUGCUACGUCUAUAGUAACAGAGAUCAUGCUGCAAGAAAGUUUUGAUGAAUUGUCAACUCAGCUUCUUUCUCUCUAUACUCUAUACCAGUACCUGGCAACUAAGUCUGAAUAUACGUGGGAAGAGGAGAGAAAUCUCGGAGCAUCACUAGUGCUUACGGGUCUAAAGCAAACAAGCACUGUGGGGUUUAGCUCCCAGCUGUAUGGCUAUGCACUCCUUGGGAAGGUGGAGUUGAAUAAAGGGCUAAGAGCUGUAUACAAUCUAAUGCCGCUGAUGUGGACACCUGGAUACUUGAACAGAGCCUUGCAAGUGAUGGAGAACGUGGCUUCAUCGUCAGGGGACAGCAAAAUCUGCAAAGAAGCUAUUGUUGCUCUGGAGACCAUUUUGAAGUCUAUCCUUGAAGCAAAACCUGGUCCAGAAUCAGCAGAAGAAGUCAAGGAAUUAGAGCAGAAAUCACAGUGUGCAGAGUCAGAAGAAACAGAGCAGUCUAAAGUGCCCGAGUACUACAGCCAAUACAAGGAGCUGUACUCUAAGCUGCAUUCUCUUGGCAAGGUUGAGUCUGAAAGCCUGUUAACCCUGACCACCCAACUUGUCAAGGAAAAGCUGCCAGCGUGUGAAGUGGAAGACAUUGCGAAAUAUGAGCAGAAGCUAAAGGAGUGGGAGCAAGAACAAGCACUUCUUAUUGAAAGAGAAAAGGAGUUGCGAGAAAAGGCUAAGCAGGAAAUGGAAGCAAGGAAGCUAGCUGAAGCAUCUGCUUAGUACUACUGGAACUCAAAGACUACCGUAGCGGUAUGCAUUCCUCUCAGUGAACUGAAGUGUUCAGCAUUAUUAACGUUUCACUUCAAUCCUUCUGCAAAUGUGACUGUAUGUGACUGCUCCAUGCAAUAAAACUUUUCACAUUUUUCCUGUUUCCUGAA